AUGGCAAAAGAGAUUGAAAAAAAACUUGAAGCAGAAGCUGUAGAACUAACAUCAGACAAAAGAAAAUUACGUAAAUUAGAAGAUGAUGAAGAAUAUGAUUAUAUUACAAUUCCACCUGAUGGAGGAUUUGGUUGGGUAGUUCUUAAAGCUUGUUUUCUUAUUAAUUUAAUUAUUGAUGGUUUUCUCUAUGCGUUUGGUGCCAUUUCAGACGAUUUAAAAGAAUUUUACCACUGUCCAGAAUGGGCCGUAUCACUUGUUAUCUCUCUUGCUUGUGGCUUUUAUUUACUUAGUGCACCUAUAGCUUCUGCACUAUGUAAUAAAUUUGGAUGUCGUCCAAUUGGUAUAAUUGGAAGUUUUAUCGCUGCACUGGCUAUUGCAGCAUCGGUCUUUUCACCGAAUAUAUAUAUAAUGUGGUUAUUAUUUGGUGUUAUUGGCGGCAUUGGUAUGGGUCUUGUUUAUUUACCAAGUAUUGUCAUGGUUGGUUAUUACUUUGAAGAAAAACGCGCUAUAGCUACAGGUAUUGUUACUGCUGGUACAGGAAUUGGUUCGAUCACGUUUGGACCACUUUCAAGAUUAUUAUUUGAUCAGUUCGGAUGGAAAAAAGGUUUAAUAAUAUUAGCUUGUAUUGUUGCAUUGUGUGCUGCUUGUUCUACUUUAAUGGUUCCCUUAAAACCAACACGAAAACGACGUAUAUUACAAGCUCAUGAAAUACAUGAUGAAGAUGUUUUUCCACCAACGACGACAUCACCUUUACUUAGCGACACGAAAGAUUUUGAAGCUAUUGGUACAUCUGUAUCAGGUCAUAAACCAAGUCCAACUGCGCAUGAAGGAGAAAUAGAAGAAAUGAUACGAAAACGAUCACGAGCUAAUUCUGCUAUUUCAGUUAAAUCAAGACAAAGUAUUAAAGCUGAAGAUGCUGUUCGUCCUUUAUAUAAGGAAGAUGUACUUUAUCAAGGUGAUACAAAAGAUUUACCUGAAUAUCAAUCUCAACCGGACAUACCAACUUAUAUUCAAGAAACAACUAAAAUACCUGAUACAACAAUAAAAUCACCAAUGAAAUCAUUUUGGGAUGUAUUUCUUUCUAUGACAAAUUUUAACGUUUUAAAUGACAAAAAAAUGAUUAUUAUAUGUUUGGCUAAUGUCUGUUCAAUGAUCGGUUAUUAUACACCUUAUUUAUUUAUUGUUAAAGUAGCAACAAAAGAAAGAUCUAUUGAUCCAAGAUCUGCUGUUUUUCUAUUAUCAAUUAUUGGUUUUAGUAACACAUUUGUUCGAUUUACAUCGGGUUGGGUAACAAAAAUUCCUAAAAUGAGCCCAUUACUUGUCAAUAAUAUCGGUUUAACUGUAGCUGGUAUAGCAACAUUACUUGUUCCAUUUUGUCGAACACAUGCACUUCUUAUAACUUAUUGUAUUAUAUGGGGUGGUUUUAUUGCCUUUCAUGUUUCUUUAAGUCCAGUAAUUGUUUGUCAAUUAGUUGGUCUUGAACGUUAUAGUAGUGCCUUAGGUUUAACAUUGAUGUUUCGAGGUAUUACAUCAUUAAGUGCUCCACCUAUAAUGGGUGCUAUUCGAGAUGCAACAUCAAGUUUUAAUAUUCCAUUCAUGAUUGGUGGUAUUAGUUUUAUAACAAGUGCAUUAAUGCACUUUUUCCUUAUGUGGAUUAAUCAUCAAGAAAUUAAGGAAAAAGAAAAGAUAGACAAAGGCACAACAAAAACAAAUCCAGCAAUAAUAAAUGCAUGA